ACUCCCGACAGUAUUAAUAUUGGCGUAGAUAUACCUAGUUGGUGUGCUGAUGUUGUUUGUGUAAAGAUGGGAUUCUUCCGAAAAGUGUUCUUACUUUUAUCCACGACCUUUAUUGUUUACUUGGGAAUUAAAAUUCACUCAUCGCUCCAACUGCCGCCUCUACCCAAUUUUGAUAACGAAUAUUGGGGCCGCGGUAAGCCAACAAAAGAUGAUAUAGCGGUCAGACCGUUCAAGAUCAAUGUUCCUGAUAAGGUAUUAGAAGUUUUGCAACAGAAGCUAAAUCAACCCCGAUCGUUAACGCCCCCACUCGAAGGAAUUCAACAGCAAUAUGGCAUGAACACCAACCUGUUGAAGGAAAUCAUAGAAUUUUGGAAAACCAAGUACAACUGGCGCGAACGAGAAACGUUUCUGAAUCAAUACCCCCAAUUCCAAACAACAAUACAAGGUUUAAACAUACACUUCCUUCAUAUCAAACCAACAAAAAGCAGUGGAAAAGAUGUGGUGCCUUUACUCAUGCUACACGGUUGGCCAGGAUCGAUACGCGAAUUCUACGAAGUGAUCCCUCUGCUAACCGCACCUCAGGUCGACAGAGAUUUCGUUUUCGAAAUCAUCGUCCCAUCACUUCCCGGGUAUGGUUUCUCUGAGGCGGCCUCCAAACCGGGUUUGGGAGCGCCACAAAUGGCAGCGGUCUUCAAAAAGUUGAUGGAGCGUUUGGGUUUCAAAAAGUUUUACAUUCAAGGAGGCGACUGGGGUGCGAUCAUCACGUCGCAUUUGGCAACCCUUUACCCAGAAAGCCUUCUGGGUUUGCACUCUAACAUGUGCGCGGCACAGACGCCUAUGACUUUCCUUAAAACUCUCAUCGGCAGCGUUUAUCCCUCCUUUGUUGUUGAAGAUAAGUUUAAAGACAAAAUGUAUCCAUUAUCAAAUGUAUUCUCAUAUUUACUGCUGGAAUCGGGAUAUUUGCAUUUGCAAGCUACCAAGCCGGAUACACUGGGUGUAGCAUUGGGAGACUCGCCAGUUGGUUUAGCCGCGUACAUUCUGGAGAAGUUCACAACCUGGACUAACCCAGACUGGAAAAAUCGAGAAGACGGAGGUUUAAAACUAAAGUACACCUACACCAACCUCUUAGAUAACGUUAUGAUCUAUUGGGUCACGGGUAGUAUAACCACAUCGAUGAGACUGUACGCGGAAGAAUUGUCAAAAACGAAUAGGGAAUUACAAUUAGAGAGUUACCCCAUAGUGGUACCUAGCGCAUGCGCCAGAUUUCCCUACGAACUUAGGUAUCAGUCAGACUACAUUUUGAAGGAUAAAUAUACGGUACUAGUCCAAACGAGCGAUUUUCCAACUGGUGGUCAUUUCGCCGCGUUUGAACAGCCAAAAGUGUUUUCGGAUGAUGUGUGGUCUGCUGUGCAAAAGUUCAGAGACCUCGUAAAGAAAAAGUAAUUGCAGAUAAAUAUCGUUUUCAGUUUUUGAAUUUUGUUACUGUGUUAAUCUCUUUUUGUUACAUUAAUAUUUUGUUAUGCACAUGUUUAUUUCCUAUAAUUUGUAGGUUUAAUAAAUAGAACUUUUAAAAAUGGU